AUGGAAGAAGUGAAUUGGUAUCUGACAGCACGAAUAGUUGGAAUUUUGAUUCUAUUUGGCUUCCAUGCAAUGCAACGUGUCCUACUCUUCAAUUAUUUUGAUCAGAAGCAAGGAAUUUCAACUUGUUCAUCGUUUGAAGAAGAUAAGGUCAUUCUCGAUAACGUUGAAGUCUGGUGUCGUUCUCG